UCCACUGUAUCCACAUGCCACCGGUUUCUGUGACCUACAGCAUUGGAGAGAGUAAAUUUCUCUCGUUUUAAACCACUGAUUUUGUGGUUACAGCAGCAAUAGAAAACUAAUACUCUUUUAAAUUAAUAGAUUUAAAAAGAAAACCCACAAUAUUCUGGAAAGACUACCGUCCACGACCCCUGGCUGCCUGCCUUUCUCGAAUCUCAGGGCUCUAUUUAUAAUGGCUUCCUUUUGUCUGUUUUCCUGUGUUGCCAGACCAUGAAAAUUCCCUCUGCCAUCCACCUCUGCGUUGUCGCAGUCUGAUAAACCAGCUACUCAGGCUUUGGGGACAGUGUCUAAAAUAAGCAGUAAAGCCCCGAGGGGCCCGGGGGCUCUCCCGGGAGGGCGGGGCGGGGGAUGCCGGCUGGGCUUGCAGCUUCUAUUCUGGUCCUGGGGAGCCUUCGGAGGGGGGUUCCUUCCGCUUUUCUCCUACCUUCCAAAAUGAUGAUCCCAUCGUCCCGAUAAGUAAGCUUUUCUAUCGUGUUCUUGGAAUAUUAAUCACUCUCUUUGGUUAUGUAUCUUCUGACAUAUAGUACAUUUAUAUUGCUAUUUAUAUUUUGAAAAGCCAAUCUCUCUCCAUUUGCCUUUUCACUGUAAAAGAAACAGGAGCCCUCCGUCGGUUAAGGGGUUAACUGUGUAGCUGUGGGUUUCUUUCUCCUUAGAGAUUCAGAGCGUGCCGCGUGCUCUGUGUUCCUUUCACAAAAAGAAUCGAGGGCGAGGCCCCAGGUUUUGAAUGCAUUCGCUGUACAUUCAUAAUAAGUGCUGAACCGAACGGCACAUUCACGGUUGCUCCUUGAUGUAAAUGAACGGCUGAAUGAAAGUUUGGGGGCACAGCUCACCUCCAAGGGGGCAAUCCUGUGCACGUUCGGACCUGACCAACGGUUCUCGAAUUCCCUUGAAAAUUUAGUUUUUCUUCUCUCCAUGGCAGUGGUCCCCUUCCGUCCUGCAUCUUUGUGAUCAGCCUGGCGUUUUUUCCUUUUUCUUUUUCCCACACUGCCGUUGGAUGAAAGAUCCCGCCUUUGAUUGAAAUGGAAUCUUCCACUAUUGAGCAAGCCUUUGUUGAAUGAGUCAUCGGGGCGGCUGCUCAUUGGCUGAGGCCGCUGGAACCAGGGGAUUGCUUGGCGCGGCCGCAAGGCCCCGCUUCAUUCACAGAAACGCUGGCUCGCUCGCUAGCCCUUUCAUUCACACAAACAGCAUUUCAUUCACAUUUGCUGUUUUUGUCUGCUUCUAAUGAGGACCACGGUUUGGGAAUGAUAAGACAUUUUUGCUUUAGAUUUGGGGGGGCCUUGACAACCGUCACAACCAUCUGUGGGGCGUGCAUUUGCUGUUGCUAUGCAAGCAAGGGGAAGGGAAAAACUGAGAGCCACGCGGCCGCUCUGCUAGGCCUGCGGCCCUGGGAGGGGAGCCGCUGCUCCUCGCCUCCUGCGUGCCGGCAGCUGGCCUCCCCGGCAGCCUGCCGAGAGUGGGCCUCGCCACACCUGCUCCCUAAGCUCGUCAAGCCUCGGUACCUCAUGGGUCACACGUCUAGCUGUGGGUGUCAGAAGACUCAGGGCGGCCUGAUAAUGGGCUAGAGGUAAACGCAUUUGCUUGCGCAGAAGCAGCCGGGGAACUUGGAGGGGAGCCUAUCCUGGUGUCUGUCGGGCAGGUCAUCUCAAUGCAUGACGCAGAAGAACAGAGCCCACGGCGACCGGGGGCCAUUGGGGUUGAGUGUCCGCAGACCUUCUGGGGGCCACCAGUGGCCUGUUCUUCCGUCGGGAGGAAGGAGGCCUGUGCGUUUCACUCACAGCCCGUCUGUCUCCUGAAAAGAAAGCGUCUUUCCUGCGGAUUUGAUGCGUGACCAGAGCAGCUGCAUUUUCUUCAUUCUUACUGUGGGGUUGCAAGCAGCGACUGAAGGGACAUUGAAAUGCAUGGGUAGCGUUUCUUAGGCUUUUUUCCAGAGCUGGAACACAUUCAGUUGGAAGAAAGCUUCGAGCGCAGCUCCUUUUUUCGGAUAGAUUUCUGGAGCCUGGUGCCAUCCAUCACAGAAGCUCUCUUCUUCUUUUUUGGAAGUCGUAUUCGACUGAACCCUGACUGAGAAAGGCUGCUGUAAAUUAGCGAGGGAGGAUGCCCUCAUCGGCUCUGUGCAGAAGUUCAUAUGCAGAUUUUUUUUUUUUUUUUGGAGGAACUGCGCUGCCACAAAGACACUUGUCAUGGCUGCUCAGUUGAUGUGAAAAGAAAAAAGAAAAACCCAGGAAAUUAGUAUUUCAUGUUCACCUGGGAGUGAAUAAUUCCUUUUUUUCUUUGCUAUUUAGCAAUUCCUGCCGCUUCCAAAUCAGAAUUCAUGCGGAUCUGCUGAAGAUUUUAUUCUUAAAAAGGCUUCGUCACAUUUUAACGCAUCACUGUCAGAUACUUUGGGCCUCCCACUGAUGGGCUGCACAGGGAAGAGAAACCCCCAGCUCAGAAUGUCGGGUUUCAGAAAGUUCACCUGCUCAUCUGAAGGGACUGGAUUCUCCCUGGCACAAAGGCUGCGUGUGUGGGGGAAGGGGAGGUGAAAAACCAAAGGUUGGAAGAAAAUAUCUGGGAAGGUAGAAGAAGGAAAUUUGAGAACUGAUUGGUUCCUGUGUGCUGUCAGUGGGUGUAUGUGGUUUUUUUUUCCUCUUUUUUUUUUUUUUUUUGCUACAGGAAGUGAUUUGCAGCGCUCACCGAGCCUUUGUUGAGAAGGGUCUCCUCUCGGAGUGAGUCAUGCUUUUGCUGUGAGCAGCCCCGAGCAGCUGGGCGCUCAUCAGAGGAAACUAUGACUUUUGCAAAGCUACCGCGCCGCCCUCAGCAGCCGAGCCCGGGCCCGGGGCUGCGUGGCCGCGGCGGCGCGGGCUGUUAGCAGUGGGCGGCCGGCGCCGCUGCCCCGCACCCGCCGGCUGUCCCGGCGCUGCGUCCCGCCCGGGACCGCGGCCCCUGCUAUGCGCGGCAGCCCGCGCCGGGGCCGGCUCCUGCAGCGCCCGGGCGGAUGCGGCGAGCCCACGGAGGGGCAUGCUUCCACGCACCAAGUACAACCGCUUCAGGAAUGACUCGGUGACAUCGGUCGAUGACCUUCUGCACAACCUGUCGGUGAGCGGCGGCGGCAAGGUCUCGGCGGCGCGCGCGGCCCCGGCGGCGGCCCCCUACCUGGUGUCCGGAGACGCGCUGCGCAGGGCGCCCGACGAUGGCCCGGGCAGCCUGGGCCACCUGCUCCACAAGGUGUCCCACCUGAAACUCUCCAGCUCGGGCCUCCGCGGCCUGUCGGCGGCCAGGGAGCGGGCGGGCGCGCGGCUCUCGGGCAGCUGCAGCGCGCCCAGCCUGGCCGCCCCGGACGGCAGCGCGCCCCCCGGCCCCCGCGCCCCGGCCAUGCGCGCAGCCAGGAAGGGCCGGCCCGGCGACGAGCCGCUGCCCCGCGCCCCGCACGCCAGCGACCAGGUGCUGGGCGCCGGAGUCACCUACGUCGUCAAGUACUUGGGGUGCAUUGAAGUUCUACGCUCAAUGAGGUCUCUCGACUUCAGCACGAGGACGCAGAUUACCAGGGAAGCCAUCAGCCGCGUUUGCGAAGCCGUCCCUGGCACCAAGGGAGCCUUCAGGAAGAGAAAGCCUCCGAGCAAAGUGCUCUCCAGCAUCCUGGGCAAGAGCAACCUCCAGUUUGCAGGAAUGAGCAUCUCUCUGACCAUCUCCACCGCCAGCCUCAACCUGCGGACUCCCGACUCGAAGCAGAUCAUAGCGAACCACCACAUGCAGUCCAUCUCCUUUGCCUCGGGGGGAGACCCGGACACAACAGACUAUGUCGCGUACGUGGCUAAGGACCCUGUCAAUCGCAGAGCUUGUCACAUUCUGGAAUGCUGUGAUGGGCUGGCCCAGGACGUCAUCGGCUCCAUUGGACAAGCCUUUGAGCUCCGGUUUAAGCAAUAUUUGCAGUGUCCUUCCAAGAUGCCCGCUCUCCACGACCGAAUGCAGAGUCUGGAUGAGCCCUGGACUGAAGAGGAGGGCGAUGGCUCAGACCACCCAUACUACAACAGCAUCCCAAGCAAGACGGCCCCUCCAGGGGGCUUUGGGGAUGCUCGACUGAAAGCCAGACCCCACGCCCCUGACACAGCGCAGUUUUCAGGAAAAGAGCAAACUUACUACCAGGGGAGACACUUAGGAGGCCCGACUGCUGAAGACUGGCGGCAAACAGCUGUCAGGCAAGGGUCCUUGGAUGUCUACAGCACGCCGGAAGGCAAAGGUCCCGCAGCCCUCAUGGGAGAGGCCCCCGCCUACGUGAAUGCCCCGCCCGGCCCCACCCCGGACAGCAGCGCCGAGAGCAGCCCCAGGAAGGAUCUCUUCGACAUGAAACCCUUUGAAGAUGCUCUCAAGAACCAGCCCUUGGGGCCCGUGCUGAGCAAGGCAGCCUCGGUGGAGUGCAUCAGCCCCGUCUCCCCCAGGGCCCCGGAUGCCAAGAUGCUGGAAGAGCUGAAAGCGGAGCCUUGGUACCAAGGAGAGAUGAGCAGAAAGGAGGCCGAAGGGCUGCUGAAGAGAGAUGGAGACUUCCUGGUCAGGAAGAGCACCACCAACCCCGGCUCCUUCGUCCUCACUGGCAUGCAUGAUGGCCACGCCAAGCACCUGCUGCUUGUGGACCCAGAAGGCACGGUCCGGACAAAGGACAGAGUCUUCGACAGCAUCAGCCACCUCAUCCACCACCACCUGGAGAAUAGCUUGCCCAUCGUCUCCGCCGGGAGCGAGCUCUGCCUCCAGCAGCCGGUAGAGAGGAACCAGUGACCCGCCAGCCGCCCGAUCCCAACGCUGAGCUGCCGUCAGGGGACUCGGCUCUUCCGGGUAGACGGUAUCGGGCUCCCGUGCUGGGGCAGCUGCCCACAGGCUCAGAGCCUUGUUCAGCAGCUCCAGGAGGAAGGCUUCUGAAAAGUACAAGUUUCAUAAACUUGUUCCGAUUUCUCAUGUGCAUAUUGACGGUGUACAUACCUAUACAUCCUGUACAAAUUAGCCCUCUAUAUUUAUAUUUUCUAAGACUAAGAAAGAUGUAAGAUUAAUGUUCUGUGCUGUAUGUUUUUUAAUGAAAAAAAGCGUUUGACUGUAGCUGUCCAGGAGAAAAUUUAAUUCGACUGACCCAUUCCACUGGGAAAUUCCACUGCGAAGGUGUUACCUGCAGUUUUACCCAAUAAGCACAAUAUGAGGAAUAGAAGCAAGCAGGACGGUCGGUAAUCAUCACGGGAUUGUGACAGCAUGAGGCAAGACCCUGCCCAGAGAGGCCCGCUCUGCAGGUGGAGCACUGAGUGCGCUGUGCUGACGGCCGCCGCUCCUGCUCCUCCGGGCCGCGGCGCCUCCUCCUCGCCCCUGGGGCUCUGCCGCUCACCUGUCUGCACGGGUGCCCCCCAGCGGAUGGCUCUCCGGCAUUAAGGAGCAGGCAUCAUGCCAGCUGUUUCCAGCUGUGCUGACCACAGGUGUGCUGUCCCCCUUGGCCCUAGUUGACCAGGGGUUCUUGGGGAUUCACCCUACUGCCAAAUAUGGCACAAAAUAAGCCUCCCUGGUCAGGAUCUUGACCGGCAAAUAAUUCCCUUGUUUUUAUCUGUAUAAUGGCAAAACGAGUAUGUGCACUGCGUGGCUGGGGCAGAGUCUUGGUUGUAUGUCCUUCUAGCCAACAGGCUGCCGCAGGAGCUGCUAGUCAAAUUGUUGCCCCUUACAGCCAAUAGAGAAAAAAGCUUGUGUACAAGCUGUGCUGAAGACAGACACAAACACGUGUGCUCAGAGUUCAGUCCUGGAGACGUUUGCACCGGCCGCUCCCCCUGGCUCUACAUUUGCCGGAAGCUGGGGACCAGGCUCAGGAUUAGGGGGAAUCAGCUGGAGGUUCUCCUUCUAGAGCGAUCAGUGGGUAAAGUGACUGGUUGUCUCGACAGCACGUUUCCUGUCGCUCCAUGGGAAGGGGCUGUGCCCCACACAUGGGCUUUAUCUUGGCUCCUUCCUUCCUUCGAGACAAAAUACUGUGGUUUCCUGCUGGGCAUGGGAUGUUGGGGAGUUGCACUGUUUAAGAUGUUUAACAAAUAUCUAGUUGAGAUGACCAUGUGAUUUAACAGAGAUUGUCUUUUAAAAGAUAGAAGCAUUCAUUCACUGGCACCUUCCAACGGGUGUGACACUAGCCCGCCUCCCGGUGAAAUGCCCCGGCGUGCGACACCCCUUGAUCAGUGCCACAGAAAGACACUCUGUGCACGCUGAGUCGGACAGUCAUAAAUUGGAUGCUUCAAGAGUGAGGAGUUAAGGGUAGAUUUAAAAAAUUCUGCUGAGUACUCAUUCUGCAAAGUUCGAAUGCUAACUGCACGAACCCCAUUUCUACUUUUGGGGUGUGUGUGGCCAGGAUGAAAGGAUGGGGUAGAGCUGAUGGGUGAGGAUGGGUCGGGGCAGGUUGAAGCCUUCACAUAUAGCCCUCUGUGGGGUUUUUGUCCUUUGAGCAUCCAGUGAAUCCAAGUGACAGGGGCUUCAAUCUUCUAGAAUGUUCUGCAGUAGAUUGGGGCGGAUCUGGACCACACUGCCUCUUCCUGGAAUGGUUCUAAUUUCAGAAGCAGUGUGGAUACACUGCUCCAAGUUAUCCAGAAGCAGUGGGUGGCAAACAGGAAUUUGGGGCAGCAGCUGGCUCAGGCUCUGGCCCUGUGACAUCAUAGACUUUGGGGUGGCUGCGAGAACGGCCCAGCACUCUAUCUCCUAGAGGCCCACAGCCCUGCAGACGUGCGUAAAGGUCUGACCUCUGUGGGAACACGUGGUCCUUCUCCGUGUGUGAGUGUACACACAUAUAAAAAUGGAUGAAACGACUUUUCUUCCAACAUCUUGCAUGCCCUGCUGUGUAAGGCCGAGAUGCUGAUGCUAAAGGCAAGAAUAAAUUAGGAAACGAGACUUAGGAACAGUGAGCACCUGAACGUUUGAUCUGCUUUCUUUUUCCUCUUGGGGAUGUGAGAAAUGGUAAUCCGUGGUUUUAGUAGCUCUCUGCUCUGAAGUCGGCGUUUAGCUCAGUGGUGAUAAGCAAUAUAUAUCAUGUUUUCUUGCAUGAGAAUCAAUUUAGAAAAUUAAAAGUAUUGGGGGAUCAAACUUUGUUUCAAUAUUAACUCAAAAUAUGUAUUUUUAAGCUCAUAUGGCAAGACUGCUGACAAUGGAACGGUGCCGGUGGGAAAAUCGGCACUCUUCUGUGGCCACGGGAGCAGAUCAAAGACAGGGCAGAGGGCAGUGACUGUCGUGUCUCUGUUCCUGUCAUUUGUAAAGCGUGCUAGAGCUGGCAUGAAUAUCUCACCUCUUCCUUCAGGCACCGUGUGAUGGGCAUUACUGUGAGCCUCACUCACAGACAGGGAAACUGAGGCUCAGAUCGGAGGCCUCUUUGCUCCAGGCCAUGCAGCUGGCAGGCAGCAGAGCUGUUCCGCUCACGCAGCGUCCCCGACUCUGCUGCCCUUGGAGCUCAGGAUUCCCAGGCUGACAUGACAGGCUGCUCUCUGCCCAGCCUGGGUCCCCACCCUGUGCUUCCUUGGAGCUCAGGAUUCCCAGGCUGACAUGACGGGCUGCUCCCUGUCCAGCCUGGGUCCCCACCCUGUGCUUUCUUGGAGCUCAGGAUUCCCAGGCUGACAUGACGGGCUGCUCCCUGCCCAGCCUGGGUCCCCACCCUGUGCUUUCUUGGACCGCAUCCCAGCCUGGGCAGGGCUGUGCACGCCAGGAUCUCUGACUCCCAUGGCAUGGUGGCUGCGCCCUGUGCCGGGUCACCCUGGGCCCACGGAACACUGGGGCCUGCUGCCCCUCUCCUGAGCCCCCCACUCAACCCAGGCCUCCUCUGAGUGUGCUGGGAGCACCGGCAGGUCCUUGUAGAGUGGCCCUGGGGACCCCAUCCACCUCUGCUCCCACCCUCACCAUCCAACGUGAAUUAGCUGUGCUUCCUGUGACGUUCUCGUCCCACUGAGAGCCUGUGGGGCUCUCGGGCUGCUCACCGCUGGUCUCAGUCGGCUUUGACGCUCGACGACCAAGGAGCCUGAAUGGCCGUGGGCAGCCUGACAAACAAUAGGCAUUCACACAGCUCCUAAUCCAAAUCCCGUGCCGAAGCUUCCACUCUUGGGCAUUUUAUAUUUGAGAGGCCAAAGGACCAGGUGCCCACUCAGCCUUGGCUAUUGUUUCAUUUGGGCAACAAUUCUGUUUAGGGCCGUCUUGGGUGUUGGAGUGGAUGGACAGAAGCCCACUUGGGGCACAUAUGGUGGCCUGAGGGUCUCCUGGUGGAGGAGGGCAGCACGGAUAAUUUCCAGUGAGGAGAGAAACUGGCAAGCCUUGUGUGGAGAAAAGGCCUGGCUUAGAAGGAGGGACAGGCCGGGGGAGGAGUGGAUGGAGCAGCACUUGGUGUGGCCCCCAAAAGAGCCCCCUCGGUGCUCAGGAGUCAACACCUGUCUCCUGGCUCUGUGCCCUCCUGGGGUCCUGACGAUGCCCCUGACCAGUCGCCACAUGAAGGCCAGUCACGUGUUUCCUUGGAUUACAGGCUCCCGGACAGUGGGUGGACGCCUUGGUCCAUCCUCGGCUCCGGCACGCACAGAGCCAGUUGGCCUUGCGUUAGGUGCUGGGUUUCUCUGAGCAGUGGCUGGUCACCUGCACUGCAGGGCUGUGCAGCCCCCAUUGUGAGGAGUGGGGUUGGUGAAUAUGUGUCAACAUGCAGCACGGGUGUUUCCUGGGGUGCUUCACCCACAGAAGUGCGUUGGCUCCCUCUCGCUGGCCUUGUGGGUGCCGCUGCCAUCUACACAUGCCCUGCUCUGAGUAGGGACAGCUGGCUUGGAAAUGGGGGGAAGUGUGGAAAGAUUAGAAACAGUAACCACAGGACGCAGACCAAUCUUGGCCUUGGGUUUCAGAAUAAUACCCUGGUUCUGUAGGGAAACCUUUAAAAUCGAUCCUGAGAAAGAAGCAGCAGAAAAACCCCUUUACUGGGACAUGAACUGUCACUGGUCCCAGAGAAGGAUACACAAGGGAGCAUCAUGGGACCUGCAGCUGCAAGGACCCACUUUCCAGCGAGGAAACUGGAGCCAGGUGACUUCUCAGAGGGUAGCAGCGGCCAGUGGCUGAAUCUAGGAUAGAUCGCAGGACUCAUUAGGACCCUUGAGGGCUGAUACAUAAAUCUCAGCGCCUGAUGGAAAAUGGCAAGUAGCUCUUCCGUCCUUGGGCUUACAUUUUAUCCAUCUUCUUUCCAAAAUGCACAAAGGUGUGAGUCAGUCCCACCGACGGGGAAGUGUUUCCAGUCCUCUGUGUAGUGCGGGGGCCUUAGGAAACAGACCCCGAGAGAGGAUCUGAGUGUGUGUAGUUUCUCCGGGUGAUGAGCCAGGGCUGGGGAAGGGGGAGAAACUGAUGAGAAGGGCAUGAUCAGCACGUGGCCAGCAUGUGGAUAACGCCUGGAGCUGGGGCCCGAGGGGGAGGACUGGACGCGCCUCCAGGCAGGGAGAAAGCCGGGCUCUUCCCCACCUGCCCAGCAUGGGUGGAGUGCUGCUUCUGGCCACAAUGUCCUGGCCAGCCCCGUGCACACCUGUGCACACCCCCUGAGCCAGGGCAUCCUCGGGCAGAGACGGGCCUUCCUGCUAAGCAGGCUUGGGGUGGCGGGCAGCCUCAGAGCCAUCGGGGCCUCCCCAGGGUCCCUGACUCGGCAGGUCCGGAUGUGGCCUGAGAAUUUGCAUUUCUAAUAAAUUGCCAAUGAUGCUGGUGGGCACCAUCAAGUGGUAGCUGCCAGCUCUUCCUGCCCCUUACUGAUGGCUUUCCCCCCCUAAUUUAUGAUUGUGUUUUCAGGCCACUUCACGUCAUGGGUCCCAGGGUCCAUGCUGUGAGUUUAAAAGUGGAGGAUUAAUAAGCAUUUAUAACUCCAUGCAAUCACUGCUGGCAGAUAAAAUGCCAUCUGCCAGCCACAAUUUAUUUAUAAUGGGGUUUAUACAUAUUUAUAAGUCUGCAGGCAACAAAUGCACAGUUUUAAAACUGGCACAUUUUAUAGGAGCCAGAUAAAUUGCAACUUUAUACCAGGACUGGUGAAUAUCAGUCACAUACGUAUGUACAUACACACACGUACACAUACCUACACUGAGGACGAUGGACAUGCGGCUGUCUGGACGUGUGCACGUGCAGGCUGGCUGUGCGACCUGCACCUCGGGACUCCUCCUUCGGUAUUUUAACUAACAAGGACAAUGAAAAAUUUGGGGACUGACAGAUCCUGGCAUCUGCAGACGCGUGGAGGAGGGUCCAGGAUGCCGCAGGACGUGGGGCCUGAGUGCAGACAGAGCAGGAACAGAACAGGAGGGCCAUGAGGGCCACUGUGGGAAAUGACGGAGGGACAGGGGGGAGGAGAAACCAGCGGGGGAAAGCGAGGACAGGAGACGACAGGAGGGCAGAGGAGGAUGGAGGUGAGAAGCAGGGCUUGGGGGACAGGCAAGUCCAGACCUAUGUCCUGCGUUCAUCCAGGAGUGCAUAGUGUCUGGGAGGCCAGCAAAGGAGGAUGAGGAGGGCAGCAUGGUGGAGGCUGUCCCCAUCAGGCAGGCCCAGGCGAGCCUUGUCUUCCCCAGCGCAGCUGUGUGUGGGCACCGCUCAUCAGCCUUCCUACCCAGCCAGCCUUCCCUCGGCCCCGUCUGUGCGCUGGCUCAUGUGCACAGGCGCCGUGCUGGGCUCCUGGGACGCAGAGGUGAACGGGAGAGGUUAUAUAUAUAGAUAUACAUAAAUGUAACCCAGGAGGAAGUGAACACACACAGGGAGCUGCAGCAAGACAAGGUUGAUGACUGGUGUGGUCAAGUUCCAUAGGCCCGUGGGAGCCGGCAACCCCGCUGGGUCUGGGGAGUCUGAAGGUUUUGCCGGCUGGGCGGCAGAUGGGACGGGGGUGGUGGAGCAGGCAGACAAGGCGUGGGACACACUCGUGCCGCGUGAUGGCCUGUGUCAGGAGGGAUGCUGGGCGGGUGGUGAGACUGCCCCACGUCACUUCUCUCCCCCUUGCUGCGUUCACAGACACCCUGAAUAAGUGACUCCCUGGGGCCCAAACGCAAGGCUGUCUCCUGAGGGCUGGGAGAGUCAUUCUCAUGGAACGAAAGAGUCAGAAACGAAAUCGCACACAAGUUUAAGUUUCUGUUUUGUUGUUUCACCUUAAAAUGCUGUAGGUAGAAAACUAGGCCCUUCGGGGACAGGCUGGGGUCCUGAAUGUCUGAGGUAAUUAAUGCACACUCGUCUGGGACACUUACCACAACCAAAGUUCCUGACCACAAAAUCAAGUGACAACCAACACAGCAGGAAUUCACGGUGGAGUCCAUCUUUGAACACUGAAUUACCUUCUUCUGUAACAACUGUGUGUCGGUCGCAAAUGGAAUGUUCUCUGUUCAUCUGACUUUUGAAUAUAACUUGUUCCAGAAAAAAAUCUUGUAACAUUAAGUAUGUGAAUGUUUUGUGUAUUCAGAAUUAAACAGCUGAUGUUUCAAUCUAAGGGUUAGGAGAGAACUCCAUGUGAAUUUAAUGGGUAACAGUAGGAUAUUUACUACUUUUUAAAAAGCAUUUAGAUGGCAAAUUAUACAUAUUGAUAAAUACUAUUUGAAAAUUUUGUGUUUUGUUUUCCACUAACUUUUGUGAAACAAAAAACAAUCGCUGUAAAGCUCUCUGUCCGGCUUUACUGCCAGCUCACCACCUUCUACUUUAAUAUCAGAACAGGACUGGCCUGUGGACAUUCCCGAGGAGAGGAAAGACAAACCGAUUUCAAGUUUUCUAAUCUCUGUUCUAAGAAAAACAAUAAAACCUAAGUUAUUUGGCCAACAUUUGGGAGAUUGGACAAUACAGUGGGUGAAAAUAUGCUAAAAUUCCCUCCUCACCUUUGGUGAAGCCACUUCACUCCUUCGGGGAUGAGGCAGCUUCCUUGCGAGCCCUCCACGGCACACCUGGCACAUCCCCAGGCCUCCGGGGUAGCAGGUGGAGGUGCCGCAUGGCGGCCCCACGUGGCCCAGGAGCGGAGGCUGGCACACCCACGCAGACGACGCUGUGCUUGUUCUCACCGCUGGUGAACGGAAAAUGUGCCUUCAUUUUGGGAACAGUGGUGUGUGCAUCUCUGAUUAUGUAGCAAACCCUUUGAUAUUUGACUUAGAUACUAAAAACAUCAGAGCGUUGAGGUUUUGCUCUCGUAGAUACAAUUUAAAAGCAUGGACUUGGUAAUUUAAUUAGAAGUUUUCUAUAAAAUAUAUCUUGUUACAUUUCUGUGAAAGGCUCUUUACCAGCACAGACUAACCGUGGGUCGUGGGUCGUGGGUCGGGGCAGAGAGAAACAGCUGUUUCCUAUGGAGUUCGUUGUUACAGUGACUGUCAUUGUAAGUCUGUGGGCAAUAAAGGAUUGUGUGAAAAGUCUCUCA